UCCAACUCUUGUCACUUAUUAAUCCACGAACCCAAACACCCAUCAUGUCCAACGCCACAGAUCAGCCAAAGAAGGAAAAGUUUGCCCCGAAAGAACCUGUAUCGUUGAAACCUCCACAGGAUGACGCUAUCGACCGUGAAUAUCUUGCGAAAUGUAACGGCACAAAUGACGGCUAUCCAACUUUGGUAGCUAUCAAGGGAGACGUGUUCGACGUCAGUGGCAAAGAGACUUAUGCACCUGGAAAAGGCUAUCACGUCUUUGCUGGCAAGGAGCCAAACCGUGCGCUCGGCCUCUCUUCUCUCAAGCCAGAGGACUGCAUAUCGGACUUUUCCACGCUCUCCGAUAAAGAACAACAGGUCUUGAAUGACUGGCAUACGUUCUUCAGCAAACGAUAUAACAUCGUAGGCAGAUUGCAUUCGGAAGGUGCACCGAACCUCUAGGCACUUUAUCUCCACACGCGUUGUUAGAACCACACAAUUGCCUCGUCGUGAAAGUCGAAUUUGGUCGAUUUGGAUAAUUGUGUUUCCUCUAGUAUCUUUCACGCAUGCCAAUACGCGCUGGAGGGCGAAUGACCUCAAUUCAAUCGUACAACAAUCGAAAAAGUCAUUCACACAGGCCUUAGACCUUGUCUUACCAUCUCAUUCCUCUAGUCACUCUCAAGUUACCAUUGAUAUCACAUUUUCUAGAGCUUCACAAAUGACUCCACUCGAUCUGCCAAUCGUGGUGCGACCUUUGAUGCGGCG